GAUCUCCCUUGGUUAAUGCAGACGGCUCCCAUCUGAUGAAGACAUGCCCCCUCAAGAACUUUCCGUGGAUUACACUUCCCACUUUGCACCCCCUGUGCCACCCCACAAGCCCAAACCAGUGGCAGCGUCCUGCGGCCAGGAGCGGAUCCUGAAAUGCGUGCUGCUCGGAGAUGGGGCGGUUGGCAAGACCAGCCUUCUAGUGAGUUACACUACUAACGGCUACCCGACCCGCUACAUCCCUACGGCUUUCGAUGAUUUCUCAGCCCUGGUGCAGGUCGAAAAUACUCCUGUGAAACUUCAGCUCUGUGAUACAGCAGGACAGGAUGAGUUUGACAAGCUACGCCAUUUCUGUUAUCCAAAGACAGAUGUUGUGAUUCUUUGCUUCAGUGUUGUCAGCCCAUCCUCCUUCCAGAAUAUCUCUGAAAAAUGGAUAACAGAGAUACAGAGUCACUGUCCCAAUGUGCCAGUUGUGCUAAUUGGGACUCAGUGUGACCUCCGUGAAGAUGUCAAAGUUCUCAUUCAGCUUGCUCGGUACCAGGAGAAGCCUGUGUCUAACUCUUCUGCUAGGGCUCUUGCUGAAAAGAUUGGUGCUGUAGCCUACGUGGAGUGCUCCGCUUUGACCCAAAAGAACCUUAAAGAAGUCUUUGAUACAGCAAUAAUUUCUGGUUUGCGCUACUCAGAUCUAAGGGGACAGAGAGAGAGGAAAAUGGCUGCCACUGCCAACAAGAUGAAAACUCUUUCAAAGGCAUGGUGGAAAAAGUAUGUGUGUGUCUGAGGGUAAGAACCAUACUUCAUGAUGCACACAGAAGACCAAUAUGCCAGACUUUCUGCUGAAGUGUUGGCAAUUAAACAACACAACCAUUUUUUUCUGCAGGAAGCCAAAAUUGAAGGAGAAGUGGGGAGUCUUUUUUUGCUGCCAGUUUAUAGACAAAAUCUCUUUUUUCAUGAGAAGCAGUUAAACUUUAUUUCCAACAUGAUCAAGAUUCAAAUUGUAGACUUUCUAUAUAUUUUUCACUUGUAAGAAUAAAAUAUGCUCGUGGGACCAAUUGCUCCCUCCCAAACAUCGGAACAGGAAAUGCAUAAUCUAAAAGCAAUAUACACCUUCAGCUCUUGUGAACAUUGGGCAGGGAUUGCUGCUGUUAGUCAUUACAAAGGUCGAGGCCUUGCUCCAUAUCAGAAAAGGAGACAUUUUGCUGGUUUAUUUAAUCUGUCUCUUAGCUGAGGUGGAUGUUAUUCCAAUACUGCUUCUAUUUUUAGAAGCGUGCAGUAUUUUAAGAUAUUAUAUUAACACUGGUGGGUGCCAUGUGUCUGUGUUGUGGAGGGCUCUACACAAAAGAUUAUAUAUCCUUUUUUUAUUACUGAUAACCAAACUGAGGUUCUACAUCUGUUUGUAAACUACAAUUUCUAGCAUCCCUUUAACUAGGGGUUUAUAGUAAGAAAGCAGGGGGGAUGUCCACCCAGUUGCUUCUAACCCCCAAUUAUUUUAAUUUUAUGUGUAACCGAUUCCCUCUGCAUCACAGUCCAGGCUCCAUGACAUAAUACUCCAGUUAUAUCUGCUUUAUAAGCAGCUGCUUGGGAGACCACUUUGAUUUAAUGUGAUUUUGUUUUGGAAAUAAAAUUACAUUGAUAAAAUAUUUAA